UUGGGUGGGGCAAUGUAAAUGACAUGUACUCUUAAGUAAUCGUCCCCAUGUCACAAAGCAAUAUUAGCUAACCCUCUUUUAAGGUGAUGUCACAUAGACGUGGGCAGCAGAGAUCUGAAGAAAAAAACUAGUGGGCUCGCUUCAGGACACAAAGCAAAGGAACACGUGUCCAGAAUCUCCAAAUAACGUCCAUGACAAACCAAAGGUUUGUUUUGAUCUGUGACCUUCACCCAAGCGGCCAUGUCUUCGACAACCCAGAAACAUCGAGACUUUGUGUGCGAGCCAAUGGGAGAAAAGCCAGUAUUUGCGCUUGCCGGCAUCGGAGAGGUCCUUGGCAAAAGACUGGAAGAGAAAGGUUUUCACAAGGCGUACGUCGUCUUUGGACAGUUUCUGGUACUCAAGAAAGACGAGGAGCUUUUCCGGGAAUGGCUUAAGGACACUUGUGGUGCAAAUUCGAAACAACAAGGCGACUGCUUUGGUUGUCUUAAAGAAUGGUGUGAUGCCUUUCUAUAAAGUGUUCAUCUUAAUAUUUUUUUGUAGCUCAAACUGUUAAAUCACCUGUUAGUACGGAAUCCAGGCAGAUAAACUCUGAAGGGCAUGUGCAAAGUAGCGUAACUGUUGCUUAUUACUGAUACUGGCUGUGAUUUUUCUUGUUAAAAUUUUGCUAAUGAAUACAUUUGUACAGGUUCACUGCAGUGGCCGUUUUGUCAAAUAAAACCACAAUCGAAGGGAUGUGUUUUCAUCGCAGGUUUUAUUUCAGUACUUGAUGUUCUGUGGUGGUGAUUUUUUCCUCUCAAA